CGAUCAGCCUCCUAGCCAGCUGGACUCGCAUCGGAGAAGACCGAUAAACGCGUACAAUGGGUCAAGCCUGUGAGUUCCUUGUGUUCUUGCUUGUGCAUGAUGCUGUCUGCGUGCCGACUCGGGGCUGAAAAUACGUCAGGGCAGUGCUGCUUGGCUGGAAUGUAUGGCCGGCCACCCUAGGUUACGGGCCCCUUUCCACAUAAUGCAUGCAGCCCAAGACCUUUCCGUGCUGGGCCCUGACGAUCCCAAUGAUCGCCGCCCGUGUCAGCCACGCUCGAGCAUGGCCACGACCGGCAUACGAACUUCGAGUCCAGGGAUGGGAUUCUGCAUGCACAAUAAUAUCUUGCGGCUGUUGUGGAGGUCUGACCACGAGCAGAACGGCCGGACAUCGCUCCCAUGGCGGUGCCGACGAUUGCCCCCCAACUUCGGACCUAUUCAUUUUUUCGCAGUCUGCAUGGCAGCCGCGCCACAACCAUCUCCACCACGAAGAAUGGGGCCCCUGAUCGUGGGUGCCUCAGCAGCUGGAACUCCUAUUUCUGCUUCUGCUCGGGGGUAGCUGUAGAGUGGCACACGGCCUGUGCGACACUGGGUGGCCGCAUUGUGCCUGCUCGUUGACGUGCUCCAUGCUGCGGUACACUUCAUU